ACAGACAUAUGGAAUGGAAUAUAAGCUCGUCUAGCAACACUUUGGGAUGUUGGCAGUUGGAGGUUAGUGAAAGGAUAAUCUGAAUCUAUGAAAAUUAUCUAGAGGAAAGAUGCCUGCCUGAAGGAGUAUGAGACUAAAGACAGAAAUGAGAGUAUAAACAAAGAAAAGAAAAUCUAAAGGAUUCAGGAGAAUUAUGGACAUGAUAAACACUAGACAGAAUCAAACCUGAAACCCUAACUGAGGAGAUAACCUGACAAGAUGAAUGUGCCAACAGGGGCCGUAAGUUUAGGACCUCACAAGUCCAAAACUAAUCUUCAUCAACCUUCUGGAAUAAUAACUCAUAGCCACCAUGGAAAGCACAUUGGUGGAAAGCACGAUCAGAAAAUACUGGUGCCACAGAUCCCACGAAAAAAUUACCUACAAUAUUUAGAAGAGAAACGAAGACUGCAGUUCAAGAAAUUCCUCCUCCACAGAAUAUUUUUUGUGGCCCAAAUAUCAGAAAACGUGGAAAAGAAAAGUAUUACUGAUUACUAUGAGCAGCUCUUUCAAUUCAUACUCAAGAGUCACCUGGGAGAAAGUGUGACUGGGAUUGUCCUUAUCUAUCCUACAACCAUUCUCCAUGUUCUUGAGAGCUCUGUGGGGACCAUUUACAGAAUUCUGACUGACUACGUUUCUCAUGAAACGACUGAACCUGAUUUUUUGCUCCAUGAUCUUAAAAUUUUGGUUGUAUCCCACAACAUCCCAACGAGACUCUUCAUGCAAUGGUACAACUCUGUAAUCAAAGCACCCGUGAUGUAUCUGGAAGAUGUCACCCAGUCACAGUCCAAAGAUGAGGUGGUCACUGAGUGUCUGACCUUGGUACUCAAACUUGGCAUGUACCUUUUAAAAAAUGUGAAAGUGGGCACUAAAGGACCAGGAGAUAACCUUCACAGUCUUGUACCUGAACUUCUACUCCCUGAAGAAAUCAUAAAGUACCUUUGUAGAGCUGAAGGCUUCUUGAGCCCAGCAUUGUUUUUAUCAAUGUAUAACAAGCCCAUUCAUGUGAUAUUGGAUGCAGAAGUUGUGUGGCCCACCUCAACCCCUCUAGGAUGAAAAUGGGUUUCUUUUAGAUUAUUUUAGUUCUCUUCAAGCAUUGCCACAUUGACAUGGUAAAACAAUAUAACUAGGGCAUUUGUGAAUUACUCGAAAUAGAAGAAUAAGCUUACACCAUAGUCAUCUAUCCGCUGAUAUGGGAAAAAUAAAUUCCUGUAACAUUGUAAA